UAACACGCAUAAUUUGUGCUCCUGCCUUAAAUUGUACUUUCAUAUUGCAUUGUUUGUGUAUAGUGAUAUUAGUAAGGAUUACCUACUAAUUUAAAUUGUAACUUAUCAGUGUAUAUAAAUUGAUUUCGAGUGAAAGGUUCACUGGCUUUAUCUACCACAACAGAUAAUCCUAAUACAAGUGCGUCUGUUAACAAAUGUUUAAAACGCGAUCUGUAACUCGUAAAGAAAAAGAGGGCCUGCAACUACCAGAGGAUCAGUCGCAAUCAAGUCAGUCCAGCUUCUGCACAAUGGAAAGUAUGUUAGAUAUGAUGGAAGAAUUGAAAAAGGAGUUGGCAGUUAGUGAAACCUGGCUACAUAAUGGUAUUGACUCGCAUAUUGUUGCAAUUGAAAAUUAUAAUUUUUUACGAAAGGAUCGUGGCAGUCGAGGAGGUGGAGUGGGCAUUUACGUGAAAUCAAACUACAAAGCAACUUUUAUAGAACAAGAUGUUUCUAAAACGUAUGAGCAGCUUUGGUUACGAGUUGUUGAUAAAAAUAAGGUAAUAUUUAUUGUGGGUGUUGUCUAUACGCCUCCCAAUACCAAUGUUUUAAAUUUUAUCGCGGAGUUUGAGGAUGCGAUGUGCAAUAUUCUACCGAUUCAUAGGAAUAUUUUAUGUGCUGGGCGAUUUUAA